UAAUUUUAGAAAGGAGUUGCUAGGCACAUCCGGAAGUAAAAUGAUGCAUGAUGCUAUAAAUAAAAUUAGGGAAAAUACUUUUUUAUAGCAUAUUUUAAGCUCAGUUGAAACAACCUUGUAACGCAAUUUAUUCUAAAUUGACAGUUUGAAGUAGAUCCAUUUGGUUAAGAUGGUGGCAUUAGAUAAAACACCGGCAGACGUGGUGUUUGUUGUUGAAGGAACAGCAAAUCUUGGUGCAUACAUUGAAGAUUUGAAAACAAACUACAUCCUACCUACAUUAGAGAAAUUCAAUGGUGGACCACCUGAUCCAAUUGAUUAUGGUGAUGAUUUUAGUUGUACGGUAUACAACCUUGUGACAUUUUUCUCGGCUGAUAUAGCUCCAGACUCGGCCACAAGGUGCUCAGACCUAACAACCAGCACCCACCAGUUCCUCACAUGGCUGGACCAUGUACAAUUUAUCGGAGGUUGUGGAGAAUGUCACAGUCAUAUAUCGGAGGGAUUACGUACAGCACUACACGUGUUUGAUGAUAUUAAAGAGAAACGAAACAAUGACAGAUUAUCCCCAGAAAGACACUGUAUAUUAAUUUGUAACUCGCCACCGUAUGCCCUGCCCAGUAUGGAAGGAUGUAAAUACACUGGUUACUAUAGUGACCAACUUGCCAAUAUGCUUGCCAAAAGAGGUAUUAAUUUGUCUAUAAUAUCACCAAGAAAAAUACCAGCACUUCAAAAGUUGUAUGAAGAGGCUAGUACUACAGAUAUCCCUGCACAGAGCAAAGAUUUCUCCAUAGAUUUACAUCAUCUCAUCUUGUUACAUGGUUAUGAACUUGAAGAGAGAGCUCACACUCCUGUAUCUGGAGAAGAUGAACACAUGAAAUCACUACUUGCAUCUCCAGCCCCGACAGACAUUUUUAAAGUACCUACAACAGCUCCAUCUGUGAUGCCACAGCCAAAUCCCCAAACUUCACAACAUUCUCAACCAGCACAAUCACAACAAGGUAAUAUGCCACAGCAGUCUAACCAGUCAGUGCAGAAACAGACAAACCAACAGUUACCCUUCCAGUCACAGCAACAACCAGGCCAGGUACCGGCCCCUCAACAAAAUAAAUUAGGGAACCAGCAACAAGGCAUGAUGACUCAGCAGCAUCCACAACAGCCAAUCACAUCACAGCAACAGCAGAUGAAAGAUCAGCAACAGAGAAUGUUUGGUGGUGGUCAGAUGAACAAACCACCUGGUAUGUCAGUGACCAACAUGGCCCAGCAACAGCCUCAGUUACCAUACAGUACAAUGGGUCGACCACCAAACCAGACUUCACAGGGCAUAAACUCUACGGCAAAUCAGGAUAUGAGCAUGAUGAAUCAAGCCAGGCUACAGAACAUGGGAGGUCCUCAGAUGUCACAGGACACUGGUAUCAUGCCAGUUGUUGGUGGCAACCCUCAAACUACCAACAUGCAACAGUCAAAAUCAGGCAUGAUGGUGAAUAUGGGACCAAAUAUGGGACCUGGGCCACAUAACAUGGUACCAGCAUCUACUGGUAUUACAUCAAUGCCUUCUAGUACAG